GUAAAAUUUCGGGGUGUUGGAAAAUAUUCUUCUAAAAGAAAUCUUUAUAUUGUGGAUUUUCUCAGUUUUCUUAAUGAUUAAUCUAGGCAAAAGCAUUCAAAUUAGAUUCUGAAUAAGUAUACAAAGAGAUUUGUAACGAAAUUUAGUGGAAUCAAAGUGAUAAAGUACAUUUCUUUCUUGAUUGAGGCUUCACAGUGAAUACAGGAGAGAUUCAUGAUGCCACAGGAGUCAAAAAGGGAACGCAAGGGUGCUCAGGUAUGGGCAGAAGAGAGUCAUGGAAAUGCUUUAAAAUUGACAAAGAGUCUUUCCCAUUUGCAGGCUCCUCUGUCACCUUGUCCCAUUCCGGACAUCAGUGACGAUGAGUUGGUUUCAAUCUCUGUUCGAGAUCUCAAUCGAACACUGAAGCUGAGAGGACUAACUAGAGAGGAGAUUGUAAGAAUGAAACAGAGACGGAGAACACUUAAGAAUCGCGGGUAUGCUGCAAGUUGCCGGAUUAAGAGGAUCGAACAGAAGGAUGAACUAGAGACAGAAAAGUCUCAGGAGUGGAAUGAUAUGGAAAUUAUGCAAGAGAAUAACAGGAAAAUCCGAGAAGAUGUUGAGACUUGGAAAAGCAAAUUUGAGGCUCUGAGAAAAUUUGCCAUUGCCCAGAAAAUUCCUCUUCCUCCGGAAUUAGAUACUUUGUGAUGCUGAAUAAUGUUGCAGUAAAAUUAUUCCUCUCUCUCAAAAUUAUUCAGGGAAAUUGAAAUUUCUUUCAUUCAGGCCGUCGUACAAAUAAGUAUCUAGGAUAGGGUUUAGUUUGUAAUUUUAUUUUAAUUUAGAUGUAUUAAUUGAAAUGAAUAAAUUAUCCCUUUUGUAGACACUA